AUGAAUGUUGAUCCCGUUCAAUUUUUUUCAAAUGGUGGUUUAAAACAAGAAAAUAGACAAGAUAAAGAUAGAGACAAAGAUCAUAGAGAUAGAAGAGAUAGAUAUGAUGAUAGGGACUACGAUAGACAUGAUGAUAGAAGAUAUGACCGAAAUGAUAGAUAUGAUGAUCGUGACAGAAGAGACAGAUAUGACGACAGAAGAGACAGAAGAAAUGACCAUCAUGAUAGAUAUGACGACAGAGAUAGAAGAGUUUUUGAACCAAUCAAUGGUAAAAGAGAAAGAGAAGAAGAGUUAAGGGAUAUUCAAUACGACUAUCUGGGUUUAAAAAAAGACGAAUCAAAAAAGAAAAUUAAAGGUGAAAAAGGUAAGUUUAUAUUUGACUGGGAUGCAUCAGAAGAUACUUCAUCAGAUUAUAAUGAAUUAUAUUCAAAGAAAUAUGAUAUUCAACCUCAAUUUGGUCACGGUACAUUUGGUGGAUACGAUAGACACCAAUUAGCAUCCAAAAAAGAUUUACCAGAUACUCAUUGGUCAAAGAAACAAUUAAGAGAUAUGACCAAAAGAGAUUGGCACAUCUUUAAAGAGGAUUUCAAUAUUUCAACUAAAGGUGGUGUUGUUCCAAAUCCUAUUCGUUCAUGGCAAGAAUCAUCAUUACCAAGACAAGUAUUGGAUGCUGUUCGUCAUCUCGGUUAUGAAAAACCAUCACCCAUUCAAAUGCAAUCUAUUCCAGUUAGUGUUUCAGGUAGAGAUAUUUUAGGUAUUGCCGAAACUGGUUCAGGUAAAACAUGUGCCUUUGUUAUCCCAAUGUGUAUUUACAUUUCAAAACAACCAAGAUUAACCAAAGAAACUGAAGCAGAGGGUCCAUAUGCUGUCGUAAUGGCUCCCACUAGAGAGCUUGUUCAGCAAAUCGAAAAGGAAACUCGUAAUUUUGCACAGUUUUAUGGUUUUAGAGUUGUAUCAUUAGUGGGUGGUCAACCAAUCGAAGAACAAGCAUAUCAACUCGGUAAAGGUUGUGAAAUUGUAGUUGCAACACCAGGUCGUUUAAAUGAUUGUUUACAAAAACGUUAUUUAGUAUUAAAUCAAUGUAACUAUAUCGUAUUGGAUGAAGCUGAUAUGAUGAUUAAUUUAGGUUUCGAAAGUCAAGUUACCAGUGUUUUAGAUGCAAUGCCCUCCACCAACUUAAAGAGUGAAAAUGAAGAACUCGCAGAAAGACAAGAAACCGAUAGAGAAAGAGUAUAUCGUACCACUAUUCUUUUCUCUGCCACUAUGCCGCCACAAGUCGAACAAAUCGCUAAAAAAUAUCUUAGAAGACCCUGUACUAUUACUAUCGGUGAGGCUGGUAAGGUUGUAGAUCGUAUUCGUCAAACUGUCAUAUUUGUUAAAUCUGAAAACGACAAGAAAGAACAUCUCGUACAACUCAUUAAAGAUGGUCCACCACCACCAAUCAUCAUUUUCGUCAAUAAAAAGAAACACUGUGAAAAUAUUGGUGCAGUUUUAGAAGAAUGUGGUGUUUCCUACACUAUACUUCAUGGUGGUCGUUCUCAAGAACAGCGUGAGGCUGCUUUGGAUAAUUUCAAAAAGAAGAAUUCAGAUGUACUUAUUGCUACUGGUGUAGCUAGUAGAGGUAUUCAUGUUGACGGUGUAACCCAUGUUAUCAAUUUUGAUAUUCCAAAUAAUAUCGAAGAUUAUACUCAUCGUAUUGGUCGUACUGGUAGAGCUGGUUCAUCUGGUCUUGCAACUUCUUUCAUAUCAGAUAAAGAUACCGAAAUUAUGUAUGAUCUUAAAAAUAUUCUUACAGCAACCAAUAAUAUAGUACCAAUAGAAUUACUUAAAAAUCCUGCAAGUAGUAAUUCUAGCAAAUCCAAAGAUUCAAAUAAAUCUGUUAUUUUUAAAUAA